CGUCAAAUACGCGCCCGUAAUCUGGAGUACGGUGGCUGGCGCGGAUCAGUGUGGCGUGUGGCGCUGCAGCACCGUCAGGAAGGAGGGAGGAUCCUUAAGAGUUCAGCGGCUGCGAGGCAUAGCAGAAGAGGAAUGAUUGUGAACAGCCUCUCCCUGUGCUACCACAAUAAACUCAUCUUAGCCCCAAUGGUUCGGGUGGGGACUCUGCCCAUGCGCCUCCUAGCCCUGGAUUAUGGAGCAGACAUUGUUUACUGUGAGGAGCUGAUUGACCUUAAGAUGCUCCAGUGCAAGCGAGUUGUAAACGAGGUCCUCAGCACAGUGGACUUUGUUGCUCCUGAUGACCGAGUAGUCUUCCGUACAUGUGAAAGAGAACAGAGCAGGGUGGUCUUCCAAAUGGGGACUUCAGACGCAGAGAGAGCCCUUGCUGUGGCCAGGCUUGUAGAAAAUGAUGUAGCUGGUAUUGAUGUCAACAUGGGCUGUCCAAAAGAGUAUUCCACUAAGGGAGGAAUGGGAGCUGCUCUGCUGUCAGACCCUGACAAGAUCGAGAAGAUCCUCAGCACUCUUGUUAAAGGAACACACAGACCUGUGACCUGUAAAAUCCGAAUCCUGCCCUCGCUAGAAGAUACCCUGAACCUUGUGAAGCGGAUAGAGAGGACUGGCAUUUCAGCCAUCGCAGUUCAUGGGAGGAAUCGUGAGGAGCGACCUCAGCACCCUGUCAGCUGUGAAGUUAUAAGAGCCAUUGCUGAAACCCUCUCCAUCCCUGUCAUAGCCAAUGGAGGAUCUCACGAUCACAUCCAGAAGCAUUUGGACAUAGAAGAAUUUCGACAAGCCACUGCUGCCUCCUCGGUGAUGGUGGCUCGAGCCGCCAUGUGGAACCCCUCCAUCUUUCUCAAGGACGGCCUCCGUCCCCUGGAGGAAGUCAUGCAGAAGUACAUCAGAUACGCGGUGCAGUAUGAUAACCACUACACCAACACCAAGUACUGCUUGUGCCAAAUGCUUCGGGAACAGUUGGAGUCGCCCCAGGGAAGGCUGCUUCAUGCUGCCCAGUCUUCCCAGGAAAUUUGUGAGGCCUUUGGCCUUGGCACCUUCUAUGAGGAGACCGUUCGGGAGCUCAGCGCUCGGCGAGCUGACCUCUUGGCCAAGACUCCAGAGGCACUUGAGGAGCCAGCUGAAGAUACCUCUGGCAUCAUUAAAAUGGCUAUCAGGUUUGACCGGAGAGCGUACCCACCCCAGAUUACCCCCAAGAUGUGCCUGCUGGAAUGGUGUCGGAGAGAGAAGUUGCCACAGCCUGUGUAUGAAACAGUUCAGCGACCUAUAGAUCGCAUGUUCUGCUCUGUUGUCACUGUUGCGGAACAAAGGUAUCAGUCCACCUUGUGGGACAAGUCCAAGAAACUGGCGGAGCAGACUGCAGCAAUCGUGUGUCUGAGGAGCCAGGGCCUUCCUGAGGGUCGGCUGGGUGAGGAGAGCCCCUCCUUGAACAAGCGAAAGCGAGAGGCCCCUGACCAAGACCCUGGGGGCUCAAGAGUUGAGGAGCCAGCACUACCUGGGGAGAUAUGCAAGAAGCCACUUGUCACCUUGGACAGCAGUGAGGAGAAGCUGCUGGAAGGCUGCUGACCCCUGCCCUGGUGGACAGUGUGAGGGACAGUGUGACGGGGUUAUGGGUGCCGGCACCUGAACCAGGUGCCCUUGGACAGUGUGCUGGCCCUUGACGUGUGAAGUUACAGGUCUUGGCCCAGGCCAUCAGUCUGAAACAAGUGCCAAGAAAUGUCCAAGGGUAGUGCUGUCUCUCGUAUGUCUGAUGGCUAAGCCAAGUUCCCAGUGAUUUGAAUGUUUCUUUGAAAAUGAGGUUUUUAGGCCUCACUUCCAACUUCACACUGGUAUCGUGCAAUAAAGACAACUUUGACUCUCA